CGGAGAGACACACACAAGAGAGGACCGGAGGCUUUACCGUUAUUAAAAACAAGCAUUGCUGGUAUAGGCACUGUAGGAAUUGAUACGGUAGCGAGAGCGAAGGUUAAUCGAUCAACUGACCGCCACAGGACGCUGUUUGGCGCUGCAUGGUUUCGUCGCAGAGCUCGACAGUUUUUGUUUUCGGCCAAACAGUCCGCUCCUUGGACAGCUCAUCAGCUUCAAGUUGGCCCGGCUAGCUUUUUUAGCUCCAUCGGCUACUUGGACCAGUUCGGCAUUCAUGGAUCGAUAGCUUGAGCCAGUGUCAACGUUGAGCUGUGAAUCCUCAGCUGAAGACUUUUCUUUAUUUUAUUUUAUUUUAAUUUUUUGUACAGUGCCAGCUCCUCAUGAGCCACGUUGAUUAAACCGUUCCGUGUUGGGGAAUAAGGGCCACCGCUCUGGCGUUGCGACACUGUUUUGAGUGUCGAGGUGCAGUGACUUGGCCGUCAUGUAUUUUCUAACUGGCUGGCCCCGGAGGCUGCUUUGUCCGCUGAGGAGUGAAGAGGAGCCCUUUCACAUCCAGCCCAGCUCCCAGAGGUUUUACUUCGCCGUGUUGUCCGAGACUCAACUCAGCAUCUGGUUCAGCCGGCCCAGCGUUUUGAUUGUCAGCUAUAUCGAGUCGGCAAAGGCAGCGGCCCAGUUUGGCUUCUAUCAGAAGGCAGAAUGGAAACCAGACGACUCCAUGAUAGCUGUGGCGGCUGCAAAAGGCUACAUCCUCUUGUUUGACGUGCUGGGUGGAGGAGAUGACAAGUACCUCUACGAGCCUGUUUACCCAAAAGGGAGUCCUCGGGUGAAGGUGACCCCGGGUUAUAAGGAGGAGCAAUGUGCCCCAGCUCUCUCUCUAGAGAUGAAGAAACCUGUGGAUCUGGAGGCUCCCAUCACCAGCCUGCAGUCCCUCCAGGAAGACCUGCUGGUGUGCACGGCAGACGGCUACCUCCACGUCCUGCACUGGGACGGUCUGGGUAGCAACGGACGCCGGGCCAUCAGCCUCACUACCAUCCCGUUCUCUCUGGACCUGCAGUCCGCUAGAGGUGGUCCGUCCCUUGAUCUGGAGGGGGUGUAUAUCCGGUGUAUGGAGUACUGCGUGACUCUGGACGGUUUUGCUGUGGUGCUAAGUGACGGACGCCUGGGCUUCAUCACGCCACUCAGCAACACCAUUACUGCAGAUCAGCUACAGGGCGUCUGGGCAGCAGAUGUGACUGAUGGCACCUGUGUGGCCGUCAACAACAAAUACAGGCUGAUGGCCUUUGGCUGUGCCAGUGGCUCAGUGUUGGUGUACAUGAUCGACACCACAACAGGAUCCAUGCAGCUCUCCCACAAACUGGAGCUCACUCCGAAACACUACCCAGACAUCUACAACAAGACAGGCCCGGUCAAGCUCAUCUGCUGGUCACCUGACUACAGCGUUGCCAUGGUUACGUGGGAGUGUGGUGGCCUGUCACUGUGGAGUGUCUUCGGAGCUCAUCUUAUCUGCACUCUGGGAGAGGACUUUGCGUAUCGUUCUGAUGGUACCAAGAAGGACCCCAUUAAAAUCAGCUCUAUGAGCUGGGGAGCAGAGGGCUACCAUCUGUGGGUGAUCCCCACCAAACCGGAGAGGAGGAGACAGGAGGAGCAGCAGGACCAGGAGGAAGAGAUGGAGACGCCUCCUCGCUCCUCACUGCAGGCUGGCAUUCUGCAGUUUCACUUCAUCAAGAGCGCCCUCACUGUUAACCCGUGCACGAGUAACCAGGAGCAGGUGCUACUCCAUGGUGAAGACCGGCUCUACCUGACCUGUGGUGACCCCACGCAGGUCCACAGCACCUCUGACACACACAUCACACACCCUCACACACACAUACACCCACGGGACAGCAGCCCGCUGCACCAUCCCCCCAGCCCCAACUCCUCUCUCUCUCAGGGACUCAGCACUUUACUGGGACACAAGCACUGGCACGUGGUCCAGAUUCACAGCACAUACCUAGAGAGCAACUGGCCUAUACGGUUUGCAGCCAUAGACACAACAGGCCAGUGUAUGGCUGUCGCAGGGAGGCGAGGCUUUGCACACUACUCCUUAUACACCAGGAAAUGGAAGCUGUUUGGAAAUAUCACUCAGGAGCAGAACAUGACGGUGACAGGAGGUCUGGCUUGGUGGAAUGACUUUGUGGUCGUCGCCUGUUACAAUUUCAUACACCAGCAAGAGGAGCUGAGGCUGUACCUGCGGUCAUCCAACUUGGACAACGCUUUCGCCUCGGUCACAAAGCUGCACUCUGACACGCUGCUGCUCAACGUCUUCAGAGACAUGGUCAUCCUGUUCAGAGCCGACUGCUCCAUCUGCCUGUACAGUAUAGAGAGGAGGAAUGACGGUCCCAGCCCAUCAGCCAGUGUGGAGCUGCUCCAGGAGGUGUCCAUGUCUCGCUACAUCCCUCACCCCGCCCUCGUAGUCUCCGUCACGCUCACGUCGGUGCGCACCGAGACUGGAAUCACAUUCAAAGCCCCGCAGCAGGCCUGCAUGGCAGAGAGUAUCAUGUUGAACCUGGCUGGCCAGUUGAUCAUGCUACAAAGGGACCGUUCAGGACCCCAGGUACGAGAGAAGGAGACCCCUGCCAACCAUAAGAAGCUGCUACCAUUUUGUCCUCCGGUAGUGUUGGCCCAGUGUGUCGAGAACGUGUGGACGACCUGUCGCUCCAACAGGAAGAAGCGCCACCUGCUGGAGGCCCUGUGGUUGUCAUGUGGGGAGGCGGGCAUGAAAGUCUGGCUGCCGCUGUUUCCCCGGGACCAUCGCAAGCCCCACUCCUUCCUCUCCAGACGCAUCAUGCUGCCGUUCCAUAUCAACAUCUACCCUCUGGCUGUGCUGUUUGAGGACGCCCUGGUGCUGGGAGCCACCAACGAGACGGUGCUGUAUGACGGCCUGCAGGGAGCCUCCGAGCCACUGGAGGCGCUGUUCCCUUACUGCACCGUUGAGAGGACCUCGCAGAUCUACCUCCACCACAUCCUGAGGCAGCUGCUGGUUCGCAACCUGGGCGAGCAGGCGCUGCUCCUGGCCCAGUCAUGCGCCUCCCUCCCCUACUUCCCUCAUGUCAUGGAGCUGAUGGUGCACGUGGUGCUGGAGGAAGAGGCUACAUCGCGGGAGCCCAUCCCCGACCCGCUGCUGCCCACCGUGGCCAAGUUCAUCACAGAGUUCCCCCUGUUCCUCCAGACCAUCGUUCACUGUGCCAGGAAGACAGAGUACGCUCUGUGGAACUACCUGUUUGCGGCCGUAGGAAACCCCAAGGAUCUGUUUGAGGAGUGUCUCAUGGCGCAGGAUCUGGAUACAGCAGCCUCGUAUCUGAUCAUACUCCAGAACAUGGAGGUGCCGGCAGUGAGCAGACAACACGCCACUCUGCUCUUCAACACGGCUCUGGAGCAGGGCAAGUGGGACCUCUGCCGGCACAUGAUCCGAUUCCUCAAAGCCAUUGGCUCUGGGGAGAUGGAGACCCCGCCCCCAACACCCACCACUCAGGAACCAAGCUCAACUGGGGGUUUUGAGUUCUUUAGAAACCGCAGCAUCAGCCUGUCCCAGUCAGCAGACGCUAUUGCAACGGGCAAGUUCAACCUGCAGAAGACCUUCAGCAUGCCCACUGGACCCUCUGCUAAAGGUCGGGAUGUGGAAUGCGCAGAGAACAUGUACAUCGACAUGAUGCUGUGGCGCCACGCCCGCCACCUCCUGGAGCAAGUGCGGCUCCGGGACCUGGGCUGCUUCUCUGCUCAGCUGGGCUUUGAGCUCAUUGGCUGGUUGUGCCGCGAGCGAAACCGCGUGGCCCGCGUCGAGGACUUCGUCAUGGCACUGAAGAGGCUCCACAAGGACUUUCUUUGGCCCUUCCCUGUCAUUCCUGUCGGCAGCCUCAGCUCACCACUGAGGAAUGGACGAUGUCGCACAGUGCUGAGCACACGGCUGCUGAAGUCCCAGUCGGCUGACAGCCUGUUGAACAGUGACAUGGACACAGUGCCCCCUCAGGCAGCUCCUGGGAACCACACCUGGCUGGACAGUCUGGGGCCGAGGGCCAAAGACAUGGACACUGCCUCCUCCGCUCACUCCCACCACCACACACCACAGACGCAUGACGCAUUCCUCUCACCGCUCACCAACAAAGUGGAGGAGUACAGUAUUGGCUCGGCCACAGACCUGACGGAGACCAGCUCGGUGGUGGAUGGUGAUUGGACCAUGGUGGAUGAGAACUCUUCCACUCUGAGCCUGAGCCAGGCGGAGCUGGAGCACAUCUCCAUGGAGCUCGCCAACAAAGGCCCACACAAGUCCCAGGUGCAGCUCAGGUACCUCCUCCAUGUCUUCAUGGAGGCGGGCUGUCUGGAGUGGUGUGUGGUGAUUGGUUUGAUCCUGCGGGAGGCCAGCGUCAUCAAGCAGGUGAUUGGCUUCCUAGACAGCCCCGAGGUUCCCCCAGAAACUGUGCAGAGCGUUCGCAGCGGCUUGCUGGCUGUGGACUCAUGGGCUUCUACUGACUGCCUGGGAUACAAACCCUUCCUGAACCUGAUCCGGCCACAGCUGCAGCAGCUGAUGGAGUCGGCCACCGAGCAGGUGCAGCCCGAGGCCUUCCAGCCCAGCAGCCAGAGCUCCAAGCUGGGCGGCUCCGAGGGCCUGGGGGGUCCCGCCUCACCGCGGGCAGAGGACAGCCGAGGUGGGACGUCUCCACUGGGCCUGGCCCUGCCCUCUCUAGAGCCCACGGGAGGCUUCUCCAGACCCCCCUCUGAGGACUGUCCCCCUGAACAGACGGAGGAGCAGGGAGAGGAGGAGGGUGCGUAUGACUGCACCCUGUCCUGAACCAGGAGCCCUGCUCCCAAAAUCUGACCAGUGAACUUUGGAGCCUCAAGGGAAAAGAGAAAGGGAGGAAGAAGCCGCAGCAGAAGCAGUGACUGACUGGAACUGAACUUUGUGUGUGUGUGCGUGCGUGUGUGUGUGUGUGUUUGUGCGUGUGUGUGUGUGUGUGUACACAGAAAGUACCUCUCCUGCAGGUUCUUAUUUCAGUAUUAUCCACUCUUCAGAUUCCCCCGCUAAGAGGCCUGUGUAGACGAGAGCCACUGUGGACAUGAGCAGGUGCAGCAGAGGGACAGACAGCCCGACUGAGACAAAGACUUAAGAGCACAAGCAGGGAAAUGGACCAGUUCCACUGUUCCUCUGGUGUCAUUUUACCAAAAUGUGCCGUGAGACAGAAGGCUACCUGUGUCUGAAUGUGCGUUUCCACUUUUGGGCUGCGGUCAGUGUAGAUUGACAGUUUGGUUCCUGCAGACGGGCGCAGGGAAGCUCCAGGCUUCCUGCUCCAGGACAGAUGUUUGGGAUGUCACUUUUCCUUGGCGCGCGUUCAGAUGCAACCGGAGACCUCGAGAUUUUUUUUUUUUUUUUUUUUUUUCCACUGUCCAAACUCAAAGCUCUAUUGUAUCUUCUGGUCGAUUGAAACAGUGCAAGGAUCAGCUCAGAAACAAGGCCUUAGUGUAUUUGGUCAUGGCAUCGUGCAAAACUGCUAAUCGUCAUGUAGAACAAAGCUCCAGUCAUCAACUAUUUACAAGAUGCACUGAAGUGUGUCUGAGCCUGUGUGUUUGUGCGAAAAAGAGGUGUUUCAUACUUUCAUACCUCAUGUGAUUUUAAAAUAUUUUGUGAUACCUUUUACAACGAUGAACCAGAUAGCAUUAUUCUUAUUUUUCUACCAAUUAUACCUUGUUCCUUAUGAGUUCCCCUUUAAAAAAAAAAAAAAAGAGGUUUCUAAGAAAAUUAGUUAUAAGAAAAAUCCACUAUUGCAAGAAUAGAUGAGUGUGUGACCACUGAAUAGCACCUGUCCAUGCAUAUUUUACCUGAUGGAUGUCUGGGCCUGAAGGAAUUCUGAGCCAGUAUCAGCCAUCCACUCGCUCUUCUCCAGAUGGUCCACUUUUAAAGGGAUAGCUCACCCAUUUUGAAAAAAUCUGACAUUAUUUCACUUCCCCUCCUAGCUGUUAUGUAGGAGGCUUUGCUCAAGAUGGGCAAACUAUUCCUUUAAAUCAACAAGCAAAAACAGACAAGAGAUUGGUAUUUAGCCACGCUGAGGUGUGCAAGACCCAUAACACGAGGAUGAAGGACAGGUUCUUGGGCUCUGUGAUGAUCAAAUGAUAUGACAAGACUUAAUCCAGCUGUGAAACACCUGCUGGAGGUUUGCUGGUUAUCGUCCGGCCUCUUGUCUUUGAGAUUCAAGGGGAGUUCCCUGUUAUCAGUGAGGCCAAUCAUGAAUAUUGUGUGUUUAUUAAAGCAAUUCAGCAAAUGAAAGCAACUCCUUUUUACUCUCUCCCUCGCAGUAAGAAUAUCAUCAGCCCACUCAAGUAUUGUUAACAUCACGUCAGUAUCAUUUUAGUUUUGGUGAGGAUGAGAUAGGUGAUGUCAAAGCCUUGGCUGUCGAGCGUGGAAGAGUUCUUGCGUAAUGUGAGCGGGGCUCCACCGGCACCGGGCCCAGCUGCCAAAAGUUCAAGUUACGGUUAAGGUUAGGUAAAGGUAAAGGGUUAAGGCUAAGCAGGCUCCACCGGCACAGGGCCCAGCUGCCAAAGUUCGAGUUACGGUUAAGGGUUAGGUAAAGGUAAAGGGUCGGGGUCGGCGUAAGGGUCAGACGUAUCCAGCUACGUCAGGCUUGGUUGUCCCGCUGCGGAGCGGCACGCCGGGCCGGUGCCGCUGGAGUCCGCUCUGUGUCUCCUGACGUGAGCAGGUUGUGUCCCUCGAUGUGGGAAGGACUUCACAUUUCACUCAGCCGUGCAGACGUACUCUGAGGGUACAGAAACAUGCAUAUCAAAACUUUGAAUCGCUUGAGACAAUGAUCACGACGACUAAGGAUCUCUCCAUGACACAGUGUCCUGUGCGUUUGUGUGUGGAAUUGAAUGUGUAUGCCACAUUGUAUUGACUAUGUUAGUAUGUUUUUGGCAACUAUGCUCACAUGGAAUUGAGAUUUUAUUGUAUUAGUCAUCAUUAUUACUAUUAUUUAUUGGUAUUAUAGCUGAGUGAGAAUUGCUGAAUUGAUAUCUGGAGGUGUGCUCAGUUUUGUUUUUAUGACGGAUUAUAAGUUGUUGAAGAAAAAAAAAAAACCUUUCCCCUUGUAAUCAAUUCCUAUAUUGGCUCUCUACCACAAGCACUAAAAGGCUUAUCACAAAUAUGUCAGUAUUAUCUUGUGCAAUGUAUUGAAAUGUUACUCAGCUUUAUUUUUCGUUUGUUGUCAUCUUACUUGAUUUUUCACUUUUCCUUUUCUGCUUUCCCCUGUUUGCUUGUCACUUUUUAUGAUAGACCAAAUUAUACUUUGACCUUCAUUUUUUUUUUUUUUUUGCUCUCGUGUGUGACAGCAAGAUGGGCCGGGCGUGGUAUCUAUUGCUUCAGUUUAAAAUCUCGGUUCUUAUGUGAAUCCUUGUGUUGUAGUCUGUAUUGUUAAAACACUCAAGAGUUACAAAAGGGCAAAAUGACUAUGCGGCUCAGUAUUGCUGUCGCUAAUGUACUGUUGUCACUUACCAUAAAUCCUGUUGCACCCUAGUUCCAGUAGGCAUUGGUUUACCACCUGUCUCCACUGAAACAAGCCUACAGCUCGACUAGGCUGCUCUGAUGUAAGGUUUACUUGACUUGAACACGGUAACUUGGUGAACCAAAGACUUACGUCCAGAGGCCUUCUGUUUUAACUGGUUGCGUACGUCGAGUGCUUGAGUCUUUAUGCAGAGGCAGAAGAAAGCCUCGCCCUGCAAACCCCUCAUCACAAAACAUAACCAGUGAUGCUCAAAAUGAAUAUUGACAUCGUUAAAGACAAUUUCCUACGGAAAUGAUUAUUGCAGAAUUUCUACGUUUCCCUCUGUGUGGACGAGGAGUCGUUUGUUAGGUGCUCUGGUCUGGUCUCACUUUUCACUCAAAGGGUCUCUAGUCUCAGAGGCGGAGAGCGCUCCUUCCCUCCUGUGUACAGUUUAAGAAGUAUUGCCUGUUUCCUGGCUCAGAAUAAACAUUUCUGGGUCAGGAAAGGCGGACAUCCUCAAUGCAGUGUAAAGAAACUCUUGUACAAUUGCCUUUUCUACUCAUGUUUGGUUUUCUACUUCCAUUUUUCUCUUGUACAUAAAAACCAAUAAAUUAUUUUUAAAAACA